GGCUCCCCAACAACUCCCAACUGUACCAGGGAGCCUGGGCCAGGAGCACCCUCUGUGCCCCAACUGCUCCCUGUUCAUCUCUGCACCCCAGUUUCCAAAGCACAGCUGAGCAGGGAUACCAACCUGCGUGGUAGGGCUGCCUGAGAACCACAAGAAUUUGGGCCCAGUGUCCUGGCAACGUGACGGAUGCACGUAGCACUCUGACCUAUUAGAGCCUUGGUCCCGGUGCCGGUGACUCAGAGUGUCCAGCCCUGCCCAGCCGAGCCGAGCCCGAACGAACCCCGACUGCGCGCCCGGCCCGGCACCCCACGCCACGCCGACCCGCAGCCAGCAGAGCGCCCAGCCCGGCGGCCCGCGGCAGUCCCCGGCCUCCAGCUAGCUCCGCACCCCGCGUCCUCGUCCGCCCGGGACCCCUGCCCCCUCGGGCAGCAGCACUGCCACCCUGCCGGCCAUGGAGACCCCGUCCCAGCGGCGCGCCACCCGGAGCGGGGCGCAGACCGGCUCGUCCACCCCGCUGUCACCCACCCGCAUCACGCGGCUGCAGGAGAAGGAGGACCUGCAGGAGCUCAAUGACCGCCUGGCCGUCUACAUCGACCGGGUGCGCUCGCUGGAGACGGAGAACGCAGGGCUGCGCCUCCGCAUCACCGAGUCGGAGGAGGUGGUCAGCCGCGAGGUGUCCGGCAUCAAGGCCGCCUACGAGGCCGAGCUGGGCGACGCCCGCAAGACCCUCGACUCGGUGGCCAAGGAGCGCGCCCGCCUGCAGCUGGAGCUGAGCAAAGUGCGCGAGGAGUUCAAGGAGCUCAAAGCCCGCAAUACCAAAAAGGAAGGAGACCUGCUGUCUGCCCAGGCCCGGCUCAAGGACCUGGAAGCUCUGCUCAAUUCCAAGGAGGCAGCCCUGAGCACUGCUCUCAGCGAGAAGCGCACAUUGGAGGGUGAACUGCAUGACCUGCGUGGCCAGGUGGCCAAGCUUGAGGCUGCACUGGGUGAGGCUAAGAAGCAGCUUCAGGAUGAGAUGCUUCGGCGGGUGGAUGCGGAGAACCGGCUGCAGACCCUGAAGGAGGAGUUGGACUUCCAGAAGAACAUCUACAGCGAGGAGUUACGUGAGACCAAGCGCCGCCAUGAAACCCGGCUGGUGGAGAUUGACAAUGGGAAACAGCGUGAGUUUGAGAGCCGGCUGGCAGAUGCGCUGCAGGAGUUGAGGGCCCAGCAUGAGGACCAGGUGGAGCAGUACAAGAAGGAUCUAGAGAAGACCUUUUCCGCCAAGCUGGACAACGCCCGGCAGUCGGCAGAGAGAAACAGCAACCUGGUGGGGGCUGCCCACGAGGAACUGCAGCAGUCCCGCAUCCGCAUUGACAGCCUCUCGGCCCAGCUCAGCCAGCUCCAGAAGCAGCUGGCAGCCAAGGAGGCCAAGCUGCGGGACCUGGAAGACUCGCUGGCCCGGGAGCGGGACACCAGCCGCCGCUUGCUGGCCGAGAAGGAACGGGAGAUGGCGGAGAUGCGGGCGCGGAUGCAGCAGCAGCUGGAUGAAUAUCAGGAGCUGCUGGACAUCAAGCUGGCCCUGGACAUGGAGAUCCACGCCUACCGCAAGCUCUUGGAGGGCGAGGAGGAGAGGCUGCGCCUGUCCCCUAGCCCCACCUCCCAGCGCAGCCGUGGCCGGGCCUCGUCGCACUCAUCGUCCUCCCAGACACAGGGUGGUGGCAGCAGCAGCGUGACCAAGAAGCGCAAGCUGGACGCCACUGAGAGCCGCAGCAGUUUCUCCCAGCACGCGCGGACCAGCGGGCGCGUGGCCGUGGAGGAAGUGGACGAGGACGGCAAGUUCGUGCGGCUGCGCAACAAGUCCAACGAGGACCAGUCCUUGGGUAACUGGCAGAUCAAGCGCCAGAAUGGGGACGACCCUUUGCUGACCUACCGCUUCCCUCCCAAGUUCACUCUGAAGGCCGGUCAGGUGGUGACGAUCUGGGCCUCAGGCACAGGGGCCACCCACAGCCCCCCAACGGACCUGGUGUGGAAGGCGCAGAACACCUGGGGCUGCGGGAACAGCCUGCGUACAGCCCUCAUCAGCUCCUCCGGGGAGGAAGUAGCCAUGCGCAAGCUAGUGCGCUCGGUGAUGGUGGUGAAUGAUGACGACGAUGAGGAGGACGGAGAUGACUUGCUCCAUCACCACCACGGCUCCCACUGCAGCGGCUCAGGGGACCCCGCCGAGUACAACCUGCGUUCGCGCACGGUGCUGUGUGGGACUUGCGGGCAGCCGGCAGACAAGGCCGCGGGCAGCGCAGGGGCCCAGGUGGGCGGCUCCGUCUCCUCCGGCUCUUCUGCCUCCAGCGUCACCGUCACCCGCAGCUACCGCAGUGUAGGGGGCAGUGGGGGUGGAAGCUUCGGGGACAGCCUGGUCACCCGCUCCUACCUCCUGGGCAACUCCAGUCCCCGCACCCAGAAUGCUCAGAAUUGCAGAAUCAUGUAACCUGGGAGCCAUCCGGCCGGUGCAGGAGUGGGGUCUCCUGUGCCCCCCUCAGUCUUGUGCCCACCCACCUCCCCGCCCUGUACCUCUGGGGCAAGGGGACUCAAAGCCAAAGCAAA